GGACGCAUUCGACCAGGAAGUUUCAGAAAGAGCAGUUAUUCAGUGGAGAUCACCUGCACAAGCAGGGAGCUGUAGGAAGAGACCUGGUUGGAUUUUGUGAACACGGCGGUGUAAAAAUAACACAUACCGAAAGCUCUUUUACUCCUAGGGACUAGAGGUGGGCGGAGUCAGGACCUGUUGACUGCAGGGUUACCUGAAGCAAGUCAACAGCACGAACAGGCAGCGUGCACAAGGUCCUGUGGGGGCAUAUAAAACCACCGUGGGUGAGAAGGAUUUACUCCAGAUGGUGAUCGUUUACCAGCCGGCCACUCCCCAGAAUGAAGGCUUACGGGGAUGAGUUACCUGCUGCGUGACCGGAGUAACUGAUCUGAUAGGAAAGCUGGAAAUUAAACACCUUUAUACCUGUGAGAGGCUGCAAAUGAUCAGGGCACUGUAAAACAGGAAGCAUAUCCAUCCAAACUGUACCUUGAUUACAGCAGAACGAAGAUCUGCGCCUCAAGAACAAAGAGACUUUGCACAGUCAAUUGAUUCUGGUGAUGAACCUCAAAUACACCGUGGAAGUGGAUGUUUCUCCUGGAAAACUUUCAGACUCAGAAAAUCACGAGAGCUUUCCUGAACUGCAAUCUGAGAGACGGGAAGCAAACAACGGCAGUAUUGAAAGAAGCAAAGCAGAGAUAAACAUACAAGGAAACGUGUUAUGUGCCACUGGCUGACCUUAGAGGAUAACGGUUUAUGUUACUCAACAGUGAGUUCCUGAAGCUUUGCAAUAUCAAGCACCUUUGCCUCUCAAACUAACAAAAUAAUAGUUUCAGAUCUCCAGCAUCCACGACUGUUUUUAAAUAAUAUUUGAACCAUGUGUCCAGGACUGUUUUAUUCCGAGGUCCUGAGGAAUGCUUGAGGACCCUGAAUGUGAAAGAUUACGCUGAAAUCCUUCCAUGAUAUGAUUGGGAUUUAGGAUGUCUACAGCAAAUUGAAGACCUUACCUGAGUGUAAAGUAUGAAAUUCCUGCCAUUUCUGCCGUCCUACAUCUAAGAUUUAAAAAGCCUGUCUCAUGCUUACGUGACUUAACUGUGUGCAUCUAAACAACAUUGAAGGUUUCUGUUAUAGGAUUAAUCUUUUUACAGGACUCCUUGAGAUGUAUGUUUUGCACAUUUAAUGUUUUACAUUGUUGAAGCUUGACUUCCUUUCUUUUUCUUAUGGCUAUUUGUGGGACAAUUCUACCAAAUGCCUGAACUUUCUGAGAUCAUGUCUGGCAAUUUCCCAGCAAGUCGUUCCCGGAUCCAGCAGAGUAUCCUGGAGGAUCAGGUGGAAUUAUGGUGGUUCCAAGAUCUUAAACGAUCAAUCCUGUGCUAUUCUGUGGCUGUGAUCCUGAUCCUAGGAACUGGGUUGGGAGGAAUUGUUCUAUUAUCUACGGCUACUAGUAAAUCGAGUGAAUGGAGGCUGGGAGUAGGGACUGUCCUGUGUCUUUUGGCUCUCUGCAUCCUUUUAAAACAACUGAUGAGCUCUGCUAUCCAGGACAUGAAUUGCAUGAGGAACCGAUCACAGAUUGACAAGUUAAGGAGUGGAGGCUUAAUUGAUUAUUUGAUUAUUUUAGUUGCUGGAGUAAUAAUACUAGUCUGUGGCCAUGCAUUGAUAAUCCUAGCAAAUUCUGAUCCUUAUCCUUCGGGUAGAUCCUGGAGUGACAUGUUAAUUGCAGGUGUUGCCAUUACAUUAGCUGGAUACAUUAUUCUCCUCUCACUCCUGGUCUACAGUUUAAUCUUCAAAUUCUGCCCCCAUAUAGCUGCCAGCUCCCUGAACAGAGGGGUGCCAAGUGUUUAUGUGAUAUCAUCAGGCAAUGCAGAGAGGAGGCCAAGGGAAUUUUCCUCCAGUACAGCCAAUCUAAUAUAAAACCAGCACUGACUGACUUCACCAGGAACCAAAAGUUGCUCAGACUCUGAGAUGACUAAUCAGGCUGGGCUUGUUUGGUGCACAGGUCAUGGUGAAAACAGAAGAAACUCAUAGGAUAACUGCACAAACAGUCCUUCACAAUAGUAAUUAAUGCAGGCCAGUAUAGAUUGUGAUUCAUUGAAGCCUAAUUUGUAACUCUAAUUUAUAAAUCUUCACAUUUAACAAUUAUCGUUAGCUGAAAAGAUGAAAUUAGAAUGAAAUUAACAUGAAACCUGUAUUGUAAAGGUUAUAUCUACAGAUAUAACUCAUUGGUGAAUGAAUAACUAUUGCAAAUUAUUGUUACCUCACAACUGUAGCUGUUAUGAGUGGUACUCACAUUGCAAAAGCACUUUACAGAGUGAAUCAAUACUAAUGGAAACACAAGCACAUUUUUCUACUACUGUCAGUAAUAUCAGUCACUGUUUUACUGCUGAUAAUAAAUGCAAUCGUUAAAUACUUAA